AUGCCGUUCGUUAAGACUGUCAAGUCCAACGCCUACUUCUCGCGCUACCAGGUCAAGUACCGCCGCCGUCGCGAGGGCCGCACCGACUACUACGCGCGCAAGCGUCUCGUGUCGCAGGCCAAGAACAAGUACAACGCGCCCAAGUACCGCCUUGUCGUGCGUUUCUCCAACCGCUACGUCACCUGCCAGAUCGUGCACGCCAAGAUCGCCGGCGACUACGUCCUCACCCAGGCCUCGUCCAAGGAGCUCCCCCGCUACGGUGUCAAGACCGGUCUUGCCAACUGGACCGCCGCCUACGCCACCGGUCUGCUCGUUGCCCGUCGUGCGCUCACCAUCCUCGGUCUUGCUGACAAGUACGAGGGUGUCACCGAGCCCGAUGGUGAGAUGGCCGAGGUCGAGGCUCUCGGUGACGACGAGCCCCGUCCCUUCAAGUGCUUCCUCGAUGUUGGUCUGAAGCGCACCUCGACUGGUUCGCGUGUCUUUGGUGCCCUCAAGGGUGCCUCGGACGGCGGUAUCUUCAUCCCCCACUCGGAGAAGCGAUUCCCCGGUUACGACCCCGAGGCCAAGGAGCUCGACGCCGAGCUGCUGCGCUCGUACAUCUACGGCGGCCACGUUGCCGAGUACAUGGAGUCGCUCGAGGAGGAGGAUGACGAGCGCUUCAAGAAGCAGUUCUCCACCGCCCUCGAGCAGGAGGUCGGCUCCGAGGACCUCGAGGACAUGUGGACCGAGGCUUUCGAGAAGAUCCGCGAGGACCCCUCGUUCACCGCCUCGGACAAGUCCAAGGACUGGGCCGCCGAGUCCAAGAAGUACAAGGCCACCAGGCUCACCUACGAGCAGCGCAAGGCCAAGAUCGCCGACAAGAUCGCCGCCUUCAAGGCCGGCGCCGAGCUUUAA